AUGGGUGAAAUGGAGCAGCUUCGUCAAGAAGCCGAGAGCCUGAAGGACCAAAUCACUGCUGCACGUAAAGAAGUGAUGGACACCACACUGAAGGAGGCCGCCUCAGGCACAUCAGCAGUGGGAAAAAUCCAGCUUAAAUCCAGGAAGACACUAAGGGGACAUCUGUCCAAGGUCUAUGCUAUGCAAUGGGGCACGGACUCAAAGUCUGCCUGUCCUUCCAGGCUCUGUGUAAGUGCAUCUCAGGAUGGCAAGCUGAUUGUGUGGGACACCCAAACCACCAACAAGGUACAUGCCAUCCCACUGAAAUCUUCAUGGGUGAUGACGUGUUCUUACGCCCCCUCUGGAAACCUCACAGCAUGUGGUGGUCUGGACAACAUGUGCACCAUCUAUAACCUGCAUGGCAAAGAUGGACAAGUCAAGGCCAUCCGUGAGCUGGCUGCUCAUACAGGCUACCUGGGAUGCUGUCGUUUCCUGAGUGACAAUGAGAUCAUAACUGCUUCUGGAGACAAUACCUGCUGUCUGUGGGACAUUGAGACUGGCUCACAGAAGAACAUAUAUGAAGGCCAUUUGGGUGACUGUAUGUCACUGGCUAUGGCUCCAGAUAUGAAUUUUUUCAUUUCAGGAUCAUGCGACUACACAGCCAAACUGUGGGACAUACGAGAGGGCAAGUGCAAGCAGACCUUUUAUGGCCAUGAGAGUGACAUCAACGCUAUUGGGUUCUUCCCCAACGGCAACGCAGUGAUCACCGGCUCUGAUGACAUGUCCUGCAGACUGUACGAUCUGCGUGGUGACCAGGAGCUGGCUACAUAUCAGGACUCAAACCUAAGCAGUGGUGUCACCUCCCUUGGCCCAUCAUUUUCAGGACGUCUCCUCGUGGCCGGAUACGAUGACUUUACUUGCAACAUCUGGGACACACUGAAGGCUGAGAGAGUGGGAACUUUGUCAGGCCAUGAUAACCGGGUAAGCUGCAUGGGUAUUGCACCUAAUGGAAUGGCUUGCUGCACAGGAUCAUGGGAUAGCUUCCUGAAGAUCUGGAACUGAUCCACCAUUUAAAACAAGAAAAAUACUCAAUUAAAAGACGAUUCAGGGCAACAACUGAGAAGGUUAAAUCUAAGAAUGAAAGUUGGGGACAAAAACGAAAGAGGUUUUUGUGUUUGAGAAGGAAUAUCUGGUAUAGAGGCACUCUGCCAGUUAGCAUUUUUUUCUUAUUUAAGAAAUUAUGCAAUAGUUUACACGCGACAUAGGAUUCAAAUUGUUCCAAUUUUAAAUCUUUCAGGGGGCUCUGCGCUCUCCUACUGCCGAAAGCACUUUCCAAAAAAACCUGCUUAUUUUAGUACAGGAAAAAAUAACAAUGUUAGAGAGCAUAGCAAAAAUUUUAUCAGUUUAAGAUAUGUGCUGUAAGUAGUACAUAGUAUGUAGUAGAUGAUAAA